CCACACGGCAACUAGAGAAGCAGCCAAAUGGAGCGAAAAGUCAAAGAAAAGUCUUCAGCGACUUCUGCCCUUUCCUUCUUCCUCUCUUAUUUUUCUUUCAAGCUUUUGAUCCUCCCUUUGAAUUUUUACUUUUCCUCUCUUUCUCGAUAGCACAUCGAACGUGCUCAUGGCGAGGCGCUACGAUAGCAACCCUUUCGAGGAGGAAGAGGACGUCAAUCCCUUCGCAAAUCCAUCAAGUAUUCCUCCCGCAUCAAAUUCUAGGCUUUCACCACUUCCUUCAGAACCUGCUGGUUUCUACAAUGAUUAUGGAACAACAGUUGAUAUUCCACUUGAUACAUCAAAUGAUAUGAAGAAAAAGGAGAAGGAACUGAAAAUCAAGGAAGAACAACUAAAUAAGAGGGAAAAGGAACUUAAACGUAGAGAAGAGGCAGCAGCACGUGCUGGUAUUAUGAUAGAGGAAAAGAAUUGGCCACCAUUUUUUCCUAUUAUACAUCAUGAUAUUGCUAGCGAGAUACCUAUCCACGUGCAGCGAUUGCAGUAUGUUGCAUUUGCAUCAUUACUAGGGUUGGUUGCAUGUCUCUUGUGGAAUUUUAUAGCAGUUACAGCAGCUUGGAUUGGGGGUGAAGGUGCUAAGGGUGUGAGGAUUUGGUUCCUUGCCAUCAUCUACUUUAUUUCAGGUGUCCCUGGAGCUUAUUUCUUAUGGUAUAGACCUCUUUAUCGUGCAAUGAGGACUGAAAGUGCUCUGAGGUUUGGAUGGUUUUUCUUGUUUUAUCUGCUACAUAUAGCAUUUGUGAUUUAUGCGGCUGUGGCUCCGCCAAUUAUAUUUAAGGGAAAAUCUUUGGCAGGAAUCCUUGCUGCUGUGGAUAUAGUCGGUGAUCAUCUGAUAGUUGGGAUCUUCUACUUCAUUGGUUUUGGAAUGUUUUGCCUAGAAUCGUUAGUCAGCAUCUGGGUCCUUCAGAAAGUGUACAGGUACUUCCGAGGGACUGGUAAAGCUGCAGAGAUGAAGCGGGAGGCAGCACGCAGUGCUAUGAGAGCAGCAAUUUGAUCGAACAGGCUUCGAGAUCAUGUGUGAGAACUAUAUUUUAUAUCUUUGCUAUUUGUUCUUCAGUUAUUGAAGCGUGAUGUGUGAUCAAUAGUAGGGGCUUAGCACAUGGAAUGACAUUUUUUUAGCAGUUGUAAAACUUUUUUUGGGGGGGUCAACAGAUGGGAUUCCAGAUACUUUGGUAAAUGAAUUAGAGAGUUAUAGAAACCUUUGCCCAUCGACAUCAUAUCUGACUGUAUCAUUUUUAUUUUUAAAAUUAUUAUUAUUAUUAGCAUUGUUGUAA